GGGGACGUCCUAGAAGCCCGUGAACGCAGCACGGCUGACUCUUCCGCCCGCCGUUGCCAGGAGCAGCGACCAUGAGCGCUUCAGUCGUCCGGAGGUUAGCGGCCCUGUCCGGGGCGUCGGCGGUGGGACUGGGGGCGUACGGGGCUCACGGAUUUAAAACCAAUGAUCCCGAUGACUACCAGAUUGUGCUAUUUGAAACUGCCAACAAGUACCAUUUCUACCACAGCCUGGCCCUGCUGGGUGCCGCACACUGUGGCAGACCGGCCUUGGCCGGUUCCCUUCUCAUAGCAGGCAUGGGGAUGUUCUGCGGCGCGUUUUACCACCAGGCCCUGACCAAGGACCCUGCCCUUCGCAAAGCGGCUCCCGUGGGUGGCGUCGCCCUGAUCGCCGGCUGGCUGGCCAUGGUUCUCUGAGUCACAACAUCUGCUCCACAGGGCCCAUACACUUGACACUGAACCGUCAUGCUGCUAAUGGAUGAACUGGAGAGCUCGUGAGAGUUGGCCCGGAGGCUCAGAGUGUCGAGAUGUGAUGUCCCCCAUCUAACCGCUCCCUGGCCCAGAGCGAGGGUGUCAGCAGGAGAUAAGGUCACCGCAGGAUAACGGCCGUUCCACUGCUGCUCGUCACUGUUUUCUUUACCUUAAGCGGAACCAAAUCAACAUAGUGUGACAUGCGUUUUGUCAAAUGCACUGAUAAUACAUUUUUCAGAUACAUGCUCAUUUUACAAUAAAUAGAAAAAAAAAAACUAAUAAUCAUUUUCCGAUUUGACCUAAACGUUGUGACCAGUAGUCUGAUUUCACUUGUUGCAUUGAUGUAUCUGUAUGUCUGUACAACAUAGAUAUCAAAAUGCAAUCAAUAUGAAAGGGUCGGUGAAGGUUUAAGGCGAAACACUUUGAAUAAACGAUACUACUUCAACAUACAA